CUAACCCCUGGAAUUCUUAGUGAAGGAAGAUGACCUUGAAUUCUUGAUCUUCUGGAUGCCAUCUCCCAAGUGCUGAGAUAACAGACCAGGACUGCCAAAUGGGCUUUUUGAUUACUUUUUCACCAUCAGUGACCACCUUCCAUCUUAGUCUCUUGAACAACAUGCUGCUUUUAGAAGUGUCAUUUGCAUUACCAAGGAAAGGGUGUUAGAAUUCACAGAGGGCUCAGGACACACAUCAGUGGUUUAUAAUCACACACUCACAGAGCCUUAAUAACAGCCAUCUAUAAAGAAGCUCAUGGGGUUCCCAAAGCACAGAGGAGGACAACUGAGACCCAGAAAGAAAGAUCAGCCCCUGCUCAAGAAGAGUUCAGCAGCCCCACUCAACUUUGCUACCCCUUUUUCUUGGACUUCAAGGCCCAUUUGCUUCAAGUAACACACACACACACACACACACACACACACACACACACACACACACACACGAAAAUUGGUAAGAAAGAACUGAGAGAGAGGACUCUGAAGGGAGGAGGAAAGCAGAUAAUGAACCCAUCUAUCCUUUGGAAAUUGUGGAAAACAAAUAUUUAGAAAGUAAAGUCAGUUCCCAUCCUGUAUUCAACAUGAUCACCCUACACAAAACCACAGUCUCUUAUUGAGGUAAUUAUGGACCACUGCCUUAGUGUUUCAAGGAAAACCUCCUUGUUUGGGCUACCCAGGAUUUAUAGGGGAGCUGAAAUCAUUAAAUAACUAGUUAACCUCUGUUUGGCUAAAAGAGUAAGCAAUUACUGAAAGAAAAAAAAUCCUCUGCCUUUCACAAACAGCACAGAUAGCAUCCUGAAGGGAUUUACACAAUACUCCAAUGUCUGUGCUGUACCUAGAGUUGUUAAAAAUAAUUGUGAUGACAGGUGUCUAGGUACCACUUUCUUAAUGGUUUUCAAUAUCCAUUGAUUUAUUGUUGUGGCUCCCCCCACUUACAUCUCUAGCUUUAAGAAGGAGCUGAGAAAAGAGAUUUUGCACCAAAGGCUGUUUCUUUAUUCCUGCGCUGAAAAGAACUAAUAAAAAUAAUCACUCGGCUUUUAAGCAGAAAGCUUCCAUUUACAGUAUUUCACCCUUACCCCCCCUCCAAGCCCCUUGUUAUCUAACAUAAUGGCUAGAAUACAUUUCCGUCUUUCCCCUUAAUAACUUCAUGCAUUAACAUCCUCUUCACACACACACACACGCGCGGGCGCGCGCACACACACACACAGGCACGCGCGCGCGCGCACGGCAAAAGGGGGGAAAAGAGGCAGCAGAAAUCUCAGCUGUACUUCUAGCCCUUUUAAAAAGUUUGCUCUGUAAAUUGGAAUGAGGUCAGAUUUGGAGCUUCUCAUUGCACGCGGAGAUUAUUAUUGCAUCGGGUUCCAAGCCAAUGGGAAGGACAGGGGAGGGGCUUGGCACGAGGAAGCGUUAGUUACAGCGGCUGAUUGGCUGUCUGCGAAAGGAUAAAGAAGCGCGAGGCGGAAUUGGGGUCUGCUCUAAGCUGCAGCCAGAGAAACAGAGUGAGGGGAAGAGGGCCGUCUCCCUCCCUGUCUCCAGUUCUUGCACGCUCUUUCUUAGAGAGUCUGCAGUGGGAGAACUCUGCCGGUAACCAGCUCCCUUUCUUGCAAGAGGGAGGGAGAAACAUACAUUUAUUCAUGCCGGUCUGUUGCAUGCAAGCUUCUUGGCUUCCUACCUUGCAACAAAAUAAUUGCACCAACUCCUCAGCGCCGAUUCCGCCCACAGAGAGUCCCGGAGCCAGAGUCGCUUUGGCUUUGCAUUGCAGGAAAGGGACUUAGGCGCUAGAGACGAUGUCGCUUUCCUGAGCUACCGCGAGCUCUUGUGAACUGCAAUCGACUGCUUCAGGGAAGGGGGGGAAAGACUUGCCCCGAAGGCGGCGAGAAACUUGCAUUUGGAAGACACUCGGGCCAUCAACGUUUGGAGAAACUCCCGCGGCUACGCCAGCCUGCGCGCAGCCUCGCCCGCCCCGUCCAGCGCGCCCUCGCACGCGUCCUCGUCGCUCUCCUCGUCGUCCUCCUCCUCUGGCUCCUCGUCGUCCGACGAUGAGUUCGAAGACGACCUGCUCGACCUGAACCCCAGUUCAAACUUUGAGAGCAUGUCCCUGGGCAGUUUCAGCUCCUCAUCGGCGCUCGAUCGGGACCUGGAUUUUAACUUCGAACCCGGCUCAGGCUCCCACUUCGAGUUCCCGGACUAUUGCACACCCGAGGUGAGCGAGAUGAUCUCGGGAGAUUGGCUGGAGUCCAGCAUCUCCAACCUGGUCUUCACCUACUGAAGGGAGCGCAGGCCGGGGAGAAGGAGGGCCAAGAGGCAGGAGAGGAGAGAGGAAAACAAAAGCAAAACAAAACAAAAAAAAAUUUAAAAAAAGAAAGAAAAGAAAAAAGAGGAAAAAGAACAGAUGGAGAGUGGAAGGAGAAAGGGGAAAAGAAAAGGAAGAAAAAGUGCGCAGGGCUGGCCUCGACCAUGUCCCGUUGUUGGAGAAGGAGCGCGGGGGCGUUGUGGACCUGCGCUCCCAUCCCCCACUCCCAGGGCUGGGGACUCGGAGGAGGCGGAGAGUAGACGGGGGCGACCUUUUAUUGUUGUUAUUGAUGUUGUUGGUGGCUAAAACAGCUACUUCGAGUUUCCUCCCCAUUUUUGCUUGAAGAGACUCCCCCCUCCCCUUCCAACGAGCUUCCGGACUUGGUUGCACCCCCAGCAAGAAAAGAAGCAGAGCUAGGCUUCUAGAGACCGAAGGAAUCUUGCCCCCUCUUGCUUCACCACCUUGGUGAUUUCUUGUUUGAUUUUUAUUUUGCCUCUUGGUCAAGAAAGGAGGGGGAAAAUCCAGCGCGCCCCCCUCUCCUUCCCACCCUUCUUUGUAUUUUUUUCCUUUUUUAUUUUUAUUUUUCUGCAAUGAAGACAGAAGGCUCCGGGGUGAUUGAUGCGUUUGGCCAUGGCGUUUGUGUUGGGCUUGGGGGGAGCAAUGGGAUGGAGAGACUCCACGCUGGCGAAGUCCCGGGUUGGGAUUUUUUUUUUCCCCCCUUCCUUGUCUCUGCAGCCAGAGAUGUGCAGGGAGCAGCAGGCCAGCCUCGGAAAUGAACAUGGGGACCUCGUGGAAGCCACAGCCGCCUGGUUGGGGACUCAGAAGGACCCGGAGCGCAGAGGGUGUUGGGGUCCCCGGGCCUCCGUCUGGGGUCUGUGCAAAAUAAAGAAUUAAAAAAAAAAAAAAAAAUUCAGAGGUGAGGCUACCCAGAGCCGGCGGGAGGAUAGGAGACUGUGGGAUGUGGUUCGGGGCCACGGAGUGGUUUUGGGGGGGAAAGAGAUUUUUUUCUUCUCUUAAUGGGAAUCGUGAUGGUGUUGAGUUAUUUCACUGGUGGGGUUAAUAUAGCAUGUUAUCCUGUCUAUCUUUUGAAGAUUUCUGUAUAAGACUGUUGAGCAGUUUUUAAAAUAGUGUAGGAUAAUAUAAGAAGCGGAUAGAUGGCGCUAUGUUUGAUUCCUACAACGAACCGAUCACCAGCUCCUUUUCAUUCUUAACUCUUUAAAAGGAUUCAAACGCAACUCAAAUCUGUGCUGGACUUUUGAAAAAACACAAUUCAGGACCAAAUUUUUUCUCCGUGUGUGUUUAUUCCUUAUAGGUGUAAUUGAGAAGACCCGUUUAUUUUUACCCCCUCACGGACGCUCCAUCUUUGUAUUUUUUUUUUCCUUGUAAAUGUAAUCAGAUGCCAUUUUAUAUGUGGACGUAUUUAUACUGGCCAAACAGUUUUCUUAUUUUGUCCCUUUUUUCCCCUUUCUUUUGCUUUCUUGUCUUUUGACCUCAUUUCUUUAUUUUUAUCUUCAUUUUAUUUUCUUUCUUUUUCUAGUGUUGUUACCCACGCCAUUUUAUGUCUCCUUCACUGAAGGGCUAGAGUUUUAACUUUUAAUUUUUUAUAUUUAAAUGUAGACUUUUGACACUUUUAAAAAACAAAAAAGACAAGAGAGAUGAAAACGUUUGAUUAUUUUCUCAGUGUAUUUUUGUAAAAAAUAUAUAAAGGGGGUGUUAAUCGGUGUAAAUCGCUGUUUGGAUUUCCUGAUUUUAUAAUAGGGUGGCUGGUUAAUAUCUCACACAGUUUGAAAAAUCAGCCCCUGGUUUCUCCAUGUUUACACUUCAAUCUGCAGGCUUCUUAAAGUGACAGUAUCCCUAACCUGCCACCAGUUUCCACCUUUAGACCCCCCCCCCCAGGCUGAUAAAAUGGGGAGGAGAGUUCAGCCCAGCACCAUAAUGCUUUAAGAAAAACAAAUUUUUAAACGAAUUGCUGUCCUGUCCAGAGGCUUUAAAACUGGGGCAUUCACAGCAAAAAGGGAUUCUGUAGCUUUAACUCGUAAACCACAUCUUUUUUGCACUUUUUUUAUAAGCAAAAACGUGCCGUUUAAACCACUGGAUCUAUCUAAAUGCCGAUUUGAGUUCGCGACACUAUGUACUGCGUUUUCAUUCUUGUAUUUGACUAUUUAAUCCUUUCUACUUGUCGCUAAAUAUAAUUGUUUUAGUCUUAUGGCAUGGUGAUAGCAUAUGUGUUCAGGUUUAUAGCUGUUGUGUUUAAAGAUUGAAAAAAAGUGGAAAACAUCUUUGUACAUUUAAGUCUGUAUUAUAAUAAGCAAAAAGAUUGUGUGUAUGUAUGUUUAAUAUAACAUGACAGGCACGAGGACGCCUGCCUUUUAAGAGGCAGUUCCGUUAAGGGUUUUUGUUUUAAAACUUUUUCUUUUUCUUUUUUUUUUUUUUUUUGCCAUCCAUCCUGUGCAAUAUGCCGUGUAGAAUAUUUGUCUUUAAAUUCAAGGCCACAAAAAAAAAGCAAUGUUUGGGGGAAGAGAAAAAAAAGGAAAAUUAAAAAAAAAAAUCAUGCCAGCUAAUUCUGUCCAUCACUGCCUGUCAGGUUGUUGCUAUAUACCUUCUGUAAAUAACUUUUUUUGAGAAGGAAAUAAAAUCAGCUGGAACUGAACCCUAAA